AUGCGAAUUUUGGAAAAACUAUAUCGUCAAGAUCCCGAAUCAUUGUCUUUCAGACAGCCAGUUGAUCCACUAGCACUGGAAAUUCCAGAUUACUUUGACAUUGUCAAGCACCCAAUGGAUCUCUCUACUAUUAAAAGGAAGCUUGACACCGGUGAAUACAGCGAUCCUUGGGAGUAUGUCGAUGAUGUUUGGAUGAUGUUUGAUAAUGCAUGGCUUUAUAAUCGUAAAACAUCACGAGUCUACAGAUACUGUACAAAGUUAUCGGAAGUAUUUGAACAAGAAAUUGACCCAGUAAUGCAAGCAUUGGGCUAUUGUUGCGGCAGGAAAUAUACCUUUAAUCCUCAGGUGUUGUGUUGUUAUGGCAAGCAGCUUUGUACGAUUCCAAGAGAUGAAUCAUCAUCCAAAUUAGAUAUUUCAACUAUUGAAGAUCUUCCUGACAAAUUGACAGCAUCAGAGCCUACAAUUGAUGGUCAUCAACUACAAUUUAAUUGUCUGGCAAAUGGUCAGUCGAAUCGUGAACCAGCAACACAACGACCAGUAGCUGAUGUAGCUUCGCAAUCUGGUCUCCGUCCACAAGCUCCUCAGCAAAUAAUGCAACCGCAACAGCAUCAAGGGCAAUCAACCUUGAACAUAGCCGGUGAAAUGCCACGACAAGCUAACGUUAUUCGUGGACCCGUUGGUCAAGUAGGAUCUCAAGGUCAAGGCAGUGGGCCACAGAUGCAAAGACAAGCCCUACAACAGUAUACGCAAAUUCUACAACAAUUCCGACAACAGCAGCAGCAACAGCAAACUCACAUGGUAAAUCAAGCUCGGGGUCAAAGUCCUCAUCAUCAAGUCCAUCAGGUAGGUAUUGUAGAUCUUGGGCAAGGUGGAUCAAGGUGGAUACAAGCACGACCUAACAUGCACAAUAUUCAAAAUAUGGGUCAAAUGGGUGUUUCAAGCCCAUACGGGUAUGAUCUCCGUCCACAAGCUCCACAGCAAAUAAUGCAACCGCAACAGCAUCAAGGGCAAUCAGCAAUGGACAUAGCCGGUCAAAUGCCACGACAAGCUCACGUUGUUGGUGCACCCGUUGGUCAAGUAGGUCCUCAAGGUCAAGGCAGUAGGCCACCGAUGCAAAGACAAGCCCUACAACAGCUUAUGCAAACGCUACGAACUCCACAGCAAAUAAUGCAACCGCAACAGCAUCAAGGGCAAUCAGCAAUGAACAUAGCCGGUCAAAUGCCACGACAAGCUCACGUUGUUGGUGGACCCGUUGGUCAAGUAGGUCUUCAAGGUCACGGCAGUGGGUCACCGAUGCAAAGACAAGAUGGGCGUGGCUUCGGUAUUAGACCUCUGGUGUUUAAAAAUGAACUACUCAAAGUAGGCAAAAAAUCUUCAUCCAUAUUAGAUUGUUUAACUAUUGAAAAUCUUCUUCCUGACGAAUUGACAGCACCAGAGCCUGCAAUUAAUGGUCAUCAACUACAAUUUAAUUGUCUGGCAAAUGGUCAAUCGAAUCGUGAACCAGCAACACAACGACCAGUAGCUGAUGUAGCUUCGCAAUCUGGUAUAGAGUCUACAAAAAUGCAAUUUGUCUAUCCUCAAGCUCAAUCAAGUUUUAACCAAUCAGUAGUUAAUCAGGGAUUACCAGUGUCAGCUCAGUCAUCUAUCACAUCAUUUUCUACUUCCAAUACAUCAAAUUCAUUGAAUUUAACCAAUAGACCUGUAAAUUUACCUAGAUCUGAUCUUCAUUAUUUGAAUAACUUUCAAACUUUUAAUAAUAGAGUACCUACACUAAACCAAUGUACCUACACUGUACCUAUACGAGACCAAUCGUCGUACUUACAAACUCAAGUUAAACCAGUUCAGCAAGUAAAAGAUUGGCAACUAUCUUUAUCUGAAGAAAAAAGAAAAGAAAACGUCAAUUGCUUAAUUGAAGCAAUAUUUACAAAUGGACAUGCAGAGUCGAUAUUUGAUGAUAGGCUCAAUCAUUUGUUGAAUUAUGCCCAAAAAGCUGAAAAUGAAAUAUAUAACACGGCUAACUCCGAGGUUGAAUACAGCCAGUUACUCGUUGAUAAAAUUAUUUCAAGUCGAAUUGAAAUUGAAGACAGACGUAGAAAACGCGAAAUUGUUGCUAAUCAAUCACAUAUAAUGGCAUCUGAUGCAAACCUUCCACCUGCUCCAAUUGGAAUUACAACGACCGCAGAGAGUGCAGAAGUAUCAGAUAAUUUACAACCAGCUACAUUGAAUGGAAAUCAACCGCUAGACAUACCGUUAGGUCUCCGGGGACUAGAUCAAGCUACACCAACACAAGUCGUGAAAGAGUGGCAUCAAAGCCUGACGUUAGAUUUAAGGAUACAUUUUAUUAUUGAUAUUGUUAAAAGAAUAUUGACGCCUAACAACAGAAUGGUAUUUUUUGACGAUAGAGUACACAAUUCAUACAGAUAUGCCAUAAAAGUAGAACGUGAUAUGUAUGAAUCAGCUAAUUCUAGAUCGGAGUACAUGCAUCUACUUGCAGAAAAGAUUUAUUCAAUUACAAAAGGACUAGAGGAAAGACGUCAAAAACGUGAGCAAUUACAAUCAGCUUCGCAGCAAUCGCUUCAACAAUCGGUGGUUGAUAAUUUAGGAUUGAGAAUUCCUGGACCUUCUAUGAAUGUUCAAGCUAAUAUGCCUCCUCAAAUAGCAGGAUCAUACUUCCCAAAUCGUUCAAUGAUGCCUGGUCCAUAUCAUGUUAUGCCAACACUACCCUGA